UGUAGCUGGCUCAGGGGUGCAUUGUUUAACGGAGGUGCAGUUGCUUAACGACACGCAGCCAAUGAGCGGCCGCGUCCCUGCUUAAUUGCACCGAUCACCCUCCCCCCUGCGAUCGCUAACUUAACUCUCACCGGGCUGUCACUCUCACUCAGGGCCCGUCAAUUUGUUCAAUGAUUAGCUUCAAACAGACCCGGAGUAGUCAGUAAAUGGACCACGCGUGAAAGCCGUAGGAAUUGCGACGGUGGUCUCAUUACCCCAAGAGGCAACGAGUUGUCUGCAGCGGCAGGAUCGGGGAGGAUCUCUCGUUGAGGUGGUUCAGUUUAUCCUUAGAUACCGAGCCUGAAACAUCAGCAACCGCAAUUUUAUACCGCUGUCACUUUGCAAUCAUCUGGGACCCUCCCUCGGGACGAGUUGUGCGCACACACCGUACCGUGAAGACUAAGAUACCGGGCCGUCAUCAGCGCUGCCAGAAAGAGCCGAACACCAUGGUCGGCUCGACAGCCUCCCGUGUCAACGGCUCGCUUACGCCCUUCACCAUCCUGGACAUUCUCGGUCGGCGGAGCAGUGACAACAGCCAGACGUCGGCCGUCGAUUCGCCGGAGGACAAGCUGCCGGUGCCGAAGUUGCGUGAAAGGCGAGCGACGUCGGCAGAGAGGUCUGAGGGCCUCCGGAUGAGGACUGUCCCCGUGCCCGAGCGGCUGGACGCGCUGUACCCUGCGUCGACGGUGCGGCAAGCGGAACAGAUGUCCCGGGAGCAUCUUGCUCAUCAGCGUCGUCCACAUCAUCAACAGCAGCUUCAAAUUCCAAGGGAGGAGUUGGCACGAUGCCGAUACACGGACAGGGUAUUCAUUGAAAGAGAGGAAGGGUUAGAGCAUGACCCAGUUCUUUUCUCCCGCCAUCAUCGACACCUUGCAGAAAAGUCUUCGAGAGGGGAAGAAAAUCAGCGACCGGAAUCACGUCUAGUUGAGACAGACGAUCGAGUGAUAGCUGAAAAAUUGGAGGAAGAGGACGAGAAAUCUCACCAGUCGCCCGCCCCGGCGUCGUCAGCGGGCUCGCAGAAGGAGGGACGUAAGAAGCGCUCGCGGGCCGCCUUCUCCCACGCGCAGGUCUUCGAGCUGGAGCGGCGCUUCGGCCACCAGCGCUACCUGUCUGGCCCCGAGCGGGCCGACCUGGCCGCUGCCCUCAAGCUCACCGAGCAGCAGGUCAAGAUCUGGUUCCAGAACCGGCGCUACAAGACCAAGAGGAAGCAGAUGGCGGCCGACAUGAUGUCCUCCCUGCCCGCCAAGAAGGUGGCCGUCAAGGUGCUGUUCAGAGACCCCCACGGUCAGCCGCCGCUCUACCCGGAGAGCUCUUUGCCCCUGCCGACGUCUCCCGUCACAUACCACGGACUUCUUGGCCAAUUCGGCUGCCACGCGUACCCUCCUAUGUGCAGCCACUCGCAUUACCCGUUAAAUGGCCUUUUGUUUGGCCAGUAAGCUAAAAGUGGCUUUGUAACUGUGUGGUCGUCAACUUUGCCUGUGACUGUUUGGCCGUCAAGUCGGCCUGUAACAAAAAUUCGCCAUUAAAAAUGGAUCAAAUAUGGGGCAUAUUAUGAACUGGGCUUCGAUGAUUCUACUGUAUAUAAUCCAAAAUGACAUGUAUUUGACCAUUUUCCCGCCGAUGUAACUUAAAUAUACGUAAGGAAACAAAGACACUCGUUUAACAUUUUGAAAAUUUGGACCCAUCAUUUCGUCACUAUUCCAAAGAGGCUUGGUAAUUUUUCGUUUUUCUUAUCAACUACGCAUUUAUUUCACAGAAAGUGCGAAAGCUCUUUCAAAGGAAUUCUAACUGCGUUUAAUGUUUUACUUAAUGGAAUUAUUGGAAUUGUGUUCGAAUUCUGUCUGCAUUUUUUUCAGGUAUUGUUGUGUUUCGAUAACCGAAACAUCCUUUAAUCGUUGAAGGUCUCCAAGUACUUUGUUUGGAGAAACAGUCGGACUCCAAAAGAAAAUUUACACAAACUACCAAAUAAUUCGACGAAUUAUAUUAUAGUCGUGGUCACUGAUAGUACUGUAAAGAUUGUAAAUUGAUAUAUCGAUAUUGUCAUGUAUGAAUAAAGUCUGUGAACCGUA